AGCAAAAUAAAAAAAAAUGGAUUUUACUUCUAACGAAGCAAUAGAGGCCAUACAGUUUUGGGAUAGGACGGUAUUGUACAUAUUGAUGGUGCAUGCUCGCGAGUUCCAACAAAACCAGAAUUCAAUCAUGGAAACGUUACGUUUGAAUUACAAAUUUUUCCAACCACAAUCAUUAAUGACUUAGGAGUGCAUCAUGUGCCAGAGGACGAAGAAACCUCUAAUAUUCCUGAUGUGGAUAUGGGUGAUAUUAUCCAUUUCGAAAAUCAAGUUAUAAAACUUUGUGCAUACAUCAAAAGCAAAUUUGUAUUCCAAACUUUUGGUAUAAAUCGCCAAUUGGGUACAUAUGGUUGUGGGUCAGUAACAAAUGGAAACUUUAAAUUAGAAGUGAGAAUAGCUUCAUUUCGAAACACUUUAACUUGCCAAAAAUGUGAUGCUGUUCAAUUAACCGGAAAAGUUCAAACACAAGGAGGAAGAAUUUAUCUUCAAUUGGACUCAGAAAGUGAUAUUCAACCAUUAGGUAGGGAUCAACUUCCUCUAAAAGAAGUCAUUGCAGGCUAUCGAGAACUUAAGAGAGUCAACGAAGGACAAUUGCAUAGAGAAGAUAUCGAAACUUAAUUUUACACAUUGAUUACCAUAAAUUAUUCAAAUUUAAGUUCUUAAUUCAGUUAAUUAAUUCAAGUUGUUAGAGUAUUAUUUCAUUUUGUUAUAUUUUUGUUAAUCAUGAUUAGAAUUUAGUUUUGUUUAAUCGUAGUACUCAAAAUUGGUUAAAUUUACGUACUAACGAUAUAUUAAUUUAGAAUUUGUUUUCUACCACAAAUAGCUAUAGUAUAUAUACUA